GCCAGGGUGCAUUGUGGGAAGGAGGCGGCAGCGUCCCGGGCGGGCGGGAGGUGCACCAGCGGCAGCGGCGGCGGCGGCGGUAAAUCCUCCCGGCCACUCACAGCACUGUGGAGCCGAGUCCCCAGCCCGGCCUCGGACCGCGGCGCCCCUCCUGCCCCUCGCGGCUUCUCGCCCGCCGCCCCUCCCCCCGGCGCGCAGGCCUUGCCGAGCCGGCCGGCCGGCCUGGCUCCCCUCCCCGGCCCCGACGGGCGGGCGGGCUGCCCUGAGGAGGCGGGGAGGGGAGGGCUGGGCCGGCCGGCGGGUGGGCUACGAUGCCGAACUUCUGCGCUGCCCCCAACUGCACGAGGAAGAGCACGCAGUCGGACCUGGCCUUCUUCAGGUUCCCGCGGGAUCCGGCCAGAUGCCAGAAGUGGGUGGAGAAUUGUAGGAGAGCAGACUUAGAAGAUAAAACGCCUGAUCAACUAAAUAAACAUUAUCGAUUAUGUGCCAAACACUUUGAGACCUCUAUGAUCUGUAGAACUAGUCCUUAUAGGACAGUUCUUCGAGAUAAUGCAAUACCAACAAUAUUUGAUCUUACCAGUCAUUUGAACAAUCCACAUAGUAGACACAGAAAACGAAUAAAAGAAUUGAGUGAAGAUGAAAUCAGGACACUGAAACAGAAAAAAAUUGAUGAAACUUCUGAACAGGUACCAAAACAUAAAGAAAUAAACAACAGCAACGCUCAGAAUCCUAGUGCAGAAGAAGGGGGUGAGGAACAGGAUGAAGAUAUUUUACCUUUAACCCUUGAAGAGAAAGAAAACAAAGAAUACUUAAAAUCUCUGUUUGAAAUUUUGAUUCUUAUGGGAAAACAAAACAUACCUCUGGAUGGGCAUGAAACUGAUGAAAUUCCAGAGGGUCUCUUUACUCCUGAUAACUUUCAAGCACUGCUGGAGUGCCGGAUAAAUUCUGGUGAAGAGGUUCUGAGAAAGCGCUUUGAGACAACAGCAGUUAACACAUUGUUCUGCUCAAAAACACAGCAGAAACAGAUGCUAGAGAUCUGUGAGAGCUGCAUUCGGGAAGAAACUCUCAGGGAAGUGAGAGACUCACACUUCUUUUCCAUCAUCACUGAUGACGUAGUGGACAUAGCAGGAGAAGAACACUUGCCUGUGUUGGUGAGGUUUGUUGAUGAAUCUCAUAACCUGAGAGAGGAAUUUGUGGGCUUCUUGCCUUAUGAAGCUGAUGCAGAAAUUUUGGCUGUGAAAUUUCACACUACGAUAACUGAGAAGUGGGGGUUAAACAUGGAGUAUUGUCGUGGACAGGCUUACAUUGUGUCCAGUGGAUUUUCUUCCAAAAUGAAAGUUGUUGCUUCUAGACUUUUAGAGAAAUAUCCCCAGGCUGUCUACACACUUUGCUCUUCCUGUGCCUUAAAUAUGUGGCUGGCAAAAUCAGUGCCUGUUGUGGGAGUGUCUGUUGCGUUAGGAACAAUUGAGGAAGUUUGUUCUUUCUUCCAUCGAUCUCCACAACUGCUUUUGGAGCUUGACAAUGUAAUUUCUGUCCUCUUUCAGAACAAUGAGGAAAAGGGUAAAGAACUGAAGGAGAUCUGCCAUUCUCAGUGGACAGGCAGGCAUGAUGCUUUUGAAAUUUUAGUGGACCUCCUACAAGCACUUGUUUUAUGUUUAGAUGGUAUAAAUAGUGAUACAAAUAUUAGGUGGAAUAACUAUAUAGCUGGUCGAGCUUUUGUACUCUGCAGUGCAGUAACAGAUUUUGAUUUCAUCGUUACCAUUGUUGUUCUUAAAAAUGUUCUAUCUUUUACAAGAGCCUUUGGGAAAAAUCUCCAAGGGCAGACCUCUGAUGUCUUCUUUGCAGCCAGUAGCUUGACUGCAGUGCUGCAUUCACUAAAUGAAGUGAUGGAAAAUAUUGAAGUUUAUCAUGAAUUUUGGUUUGAAGAAGCCACAAAUUUGGCAACUAAACUUGAUAUUCAGAUGAAACUCCCCGGGAAAUUCCGCAGAGCCCAGCAAGGUAACCUGGAAUCUCAGCUCACCUCUGAGAGUUACUAUAAGGAAACUCUAAGUGUUCCAACAGUGGAACACAUUAUUCAGGAACUGAAAGAUAUAUUCUCAGAACAGCACCUCAAAGCUCUUAAAUGCUUAUCUCUUGUACCCUCUGUCAUGGGACAGCUCAAAUUUAACACAUCAGAGGAACACCAUGCUGACAUGUACAGAAGUGACUUGCCCAAUCCUGACACACUCUCAGCUGAGCUGCAUUGCUGGAGAAUCAAAUGGAAACACAGGGGGAAAGAUAUAGAGCUUCCAUCUACCAUUUAUGAAGCCCUCCAUCUACCAGACAUCAAGUUUUUUCCCAAUGUUUAUGCAUUGCUGAAAGUCCUGUGUAUUCUUCCUGUGAUGAAGGUUGAGAAUGAACGCUAUGAAAAUGGACGAAAGCGUCUCAAAGCAUACCUGAGGAACACUUUGACAGACCAACGGUCAAGUAACUUGGCUUUGCUUAACAUAAAUUUUGACAUAAAACAUGAUCUCGAUUUAAUGGUGGACACAUAUAUCAAACUCUAUACAACUAGGUCAGAGCUUCCUACAGAUAACUCAGAAACCAUUGAAAAUACCUAAGAAACGUUUAAAGUAGGCUUUCUCUUAUGUUUGAUAUUUGGAAAAAUCUGUAAGAAAUUUGAAAACAUCUUACAGAAAAGCUGUCAGGUGUAUGUAGGCCACUUAAUCACUGAAUAUCUUGACAUAUUGACCUCUCAUUGAGUAUAUUAGCCGUUGAUAAUCUGCCUAUUUAAAUGGCCCCUGUUUAAACUCAUGCUUUGGAGAUAUACCUGUUCUUCCAGAAGAUAGCAUUGAAAGUGCCACAUUACACUUCUGUGGGAUUUCUGCUAGUGGCACUUGGGAAUUGUUUUAGUUAAGUUAUUUUAGACAUAACAUUUAUUAUCACUGGAUCCAAUUGUUGGGUAUUGAGUUAUCACUUCUUAGAAGAUAAAUAUUUUGAAGAGGUAUGGGGGGAAGGGAUACAUUUUAGAAAAUGUUACAAGAAGCUCAUGAGUGACCCUUGAGUAGUAGGAGUGUUAGUAUGUUAAAAUCUGUAAUGGACAGUUCAGGGAGUUACCAGACAGAAACACAUGAGCUUGCCAAGCAACGAUUGCAGUAGAGAUUUUGUCUUUAUCAAAUGAACUUAACAGAACAAGUUACAGUUGAAGUUUGAAUGGGAGAGCCUCCCAUUGUUCCACAUUGGGUUGUUGCUGUUUACAUUCCUUUGUUGAGCCUACAUCUUCAUAAGGUCUUUAGCCCGAGUAUGUUGAAACACCUACAACUUCAUAAGCUUUUUUGCAGGUAUAUGUUGAACACCUCUGUUCAUGGUCAAGGCAGGAUCAGAGGCCAUGGAUACUGACAACUGAUGUGUCUGUUUUCCUCUGUCUUUUUCCAUGACUAUAUCUACUGCCUCGUCUUGAUUUAUAAACAAAACCUGGAAAACCUACAGAAAUAAGUUUUUUGUGGUUUAUCUAGGAAUAAUACAGAAAAUAUUACUGUUAUUUUUGGUGAAAAAGAUCAAUUUUGUAUAGUUUAUUUCAACUUAAAUAAAAUGUGAAUUUUGUUUAAAGUUCAA